GCCAUUCGAAGACCUGCUAGCGACGGAAACGCUCACUCAUCCUUUUCAAUGAGAUUAAGAAACCUCGCAAAAUCACACGCGCGCCAUUCCGAAACACGUCAAUGGUCGGCUAUAAAAAUCAGCGUGCAAGUCUCGCGCGCAAGCCAGUUCAAAUCUGAAGUGCUAGUCAGAAUGGUCGUCAAUUUCAAAGUAUUCAAGAAAUGUUCUCCCAACGCCAAAAUCGCGCUUUACCUUGGUAAGCGCGACUUCAUCGACUAUCUGAGUGGUAUCGAACCUAUCGACGGUGUCGUUCUUCUCGACCCUUCCUACAUCGACAACCAGAGGAAAAUAUGGAUCCAAUUAGUCUGCAGUUUUCGUUACGGACGCGAAGAGGACGAGGUAAUGGGGUUGAAUUUUCAAAAGGAGCUUUACCUGUGCAGUGAGCAGCUAUAUCCUAGAGUCAAGAAGGUGGAGCAGAAUUUGACGAAGCUUCAAGAACGUCUACUCAAGAAACUUGGUAACAAUGCGAUUCCAUUCAUCUUUGAAUUUCCUCAAUCAGCACCAUCGAGCGUUACUCUACAACCUGGGCCCGAAGAAGUCGGCGAGCCUUGCGGUGUUAGUUACGUCGUGAAGGUUUACGCUGGCGAUACUGAGACGGAUAUUACACACAAACGUAGCACCGUUGCAAUGACUAUCCGUAAGAUUCAGUACGCUCCUACCAAACAAGGUCGUCAACCUUGCACAGUCGUACGCAAAGAUUUCUUACUCAGUCCCGGGGAAUUGGAACUGGAGGUCACGCUCGAUAAGCAAUUAUAUCAUCACGGAGAGAGAAUCGCAGUGAACGUAUGCGUGCGCAACAACAGCAACAAGGUGGUGAAGAAAAUCAAGGCGUUGGUACAGCAAGGUAUUGACGUGGUGAUCUUCCAAAAUGGCCAGUUCCGUACUGUGAUCGAUGCAGUUGAGACUCAAGACGGAUGCCCAAUUAAUCCAGGAUCGAACCUUCAAAAAGUACUGUACCUACAGCCUCAGAUGGAAAAUAAUCGACAGAGGCGCGGUAUUGCCCUCGAUGGUCAACUCAAAGGUGAUCAGAGCGAAUUAGCAUCCAGUACAUUACUUACCAGUCCUGAUGCAAGAGAUACCUUUGGUAUUGUCGUUUCUUAUGCCGUUAAGGUAAAAUUGUAUCUGGGAGCAUUGGGUGGAGAAUUAUCAGCCGAAUUGCCGUUCAUCAUGAUGAGACAAAAACCCAGCGAUAGAUUGAGACUUAUCACCAGGGAUGACACUGUUGCUAUCGAACAUAUGGUUGAUGACAAGGGCAAAGAAAAUAUCAAAGCUUAAGUUGUUUGUUUUUUUCGUUCGUUGUUUUUUUUCCUUAGUUUACAUGAGUACGGCUUCGUAGGAUUAUUUGUCGCGUGUAUUACAUUAGCUAUCUAUGUAUUUAACUAAUUAUGAUAAAGGGAUCUUGCAAAUCCAAUUGGCAGAAUGUGUUAUGUAAAGUUACGUUAUGUAUCUUUUCACGUUACUUCUAGUCCGUCUUUACAUCUGUAUUUUGCUUUUGCUUUUCUUUUCAAUAAUUACUUUAAACAAUUUUCAAAAAAAAUUUUGCGAUUCUUAAUAAAUGUACAGUUAUUUGUAAAAAUUGUCAACAUUAUUUUUACCAAUAGAGAUAAUUAAUGUUUAUAAAUUUAUUUAUUGUGAAACUUAUUUGUAAAGUAAUUGUUAUUAUAUAUCUUCUUUGACUGAAUACAAAGGUGUGGAGUUGUAAUGUGUGCAUGGUAUGAAAAGGUGACGAACGACGCUCAGUAUUUUAAUUAAUUAUUUAUCGAUUCAAUUAAAAAAAAUAUCCUUUUUAUGUUUGCUCGCUUUAUGCUAUGUAAAAUUAAUAUUUAGAACUACAAGCAAUCUGAAUUAAAAAUACACCAAUACUUUCUAAUUCCAUAUUAAAUUUAAUUAAACUUACCGCAUGUUAUUAUUUACUAAAAAAACAUUUUUAUGAUUGAUUAUUAUUUUUAAAUACAGAUUUGAUACACCUCCAGUAUAGAUUAAAUUCAUUUAAUAUUAAAAAUAAUUUCUGUACUGUUAUGUUUAGAUUUAGGCAAUAAUUUAUUCCUUAUUAUUUUCAAACUUUUACAAUGAAAAAUUUUUACAAUUAAAAACGUAAAUUUGAAUUGGUGAUCGUAACUAGUGUGCACAUACACAUAUAUUUAUAU